AUGGGAAGCAAAGAGUACAUACCCCGAGAAAUAUCCAGAAUAAAGUUUGAGAUCCUAAAAGAAACAGAGAUACGCGGAAUGUCCGUUCUUUCUGUUACGUCCAGAGACUUAUACGGAGAAGAGGGAAAGUCUCCAGCGAGCACAGGUCCUCUUGACCUUCGUCUGGGCCCAAGCACAAAGGACAGCGUGUGCAGCACGUGUGGCGAUAAAAUGGCUGAGUGUGUGGGACACUUUGGGCACAUCGAUCUGCCCCUCCCUGUCUUCCACCCGGGCCUGCUGAAGAACACGCACAAAGUGCUGCAAAGUGUCUGCAAGCAGUGUUCAUCUCUUCUUCUACCAGACGAAAUAAAAGCGCAGCUGCUUCUGAAGCUGCGGGCAAGGAAAGGCUCCAGAACCCUCGAGCAAAGAGUGAUUAAAAAAGUAAUGGACGAGUGCAAAAAAACAGUUGAGUGUUCUGUUUGCUUCAGCAUCAACGGAAUAGUCCGAAAAACAGGAUUUAAGUUUUUUCACCGCGUGCACAGGCUUAAAAAGCACGAUCAGCAGAAAGAAGUGGAAAAGACGUACUACGCAUCAUCAAUCGCAGAUAACGCAGAAAUUGGCCCAUGGGUGCAGAACACGCCCGAUGAGUACAUAUCACCUGUGCUCGCAAGAGAAAUACUUAGAAACAUAUCAGACGAUGCAAAAAUUCUUCUGGGGAUGUCGUGCUGCCCCACAGCCCUUAUGAUAACCUGUCUGCCUGUGCCGCCUGCGACAAUACGGCCCAGUGUGCUCUCUCUCGAUGCAUCGUCUAAUGAAGAUGAUCUUACGAUAAAGCUGAGUGAAAUAUCGUACACCUCGCAGCUGAUACGGGAAGAAAUAGAGAAGGGCACGCCUUUGCACUCGCUCUCUGAGAACUGGGACCUGCUGCAGUCACAGUGCGCACAGCUGAUCAGCUCAGACGCCCGCCCAGAUGCAGCCAAAAUACGAAGUUUAGUGCAGAGACUGAAGGGAAAGCAUGGGAGGUUCAGAGGAAAUCUCUCGGGAAAGAGAGUGGAGUUCUCGGGAAGAACUGUCAUCUCGCCAGACCCAAACCUCAGCGUAGAACAGGUGGGAAUACCCGUGGAAAUGGCAAAAACCCUCACAGUGCCCAUACCUGUAACGGUGAAUAACGCAGUAAAGAUGCAGGCACUGGCUAACAACGGAUGCAACACGUACCCAGGGGCUAACUACCUGCUCAAGAAAAAAGGAGAAAGGCGUAUCUUCCUCAGAGGAGGUGCAGAUGUAAAAAUCAGCAGAAAUUUAGUGGAAAAUAAUAGCAGCAGUGAAGGCGAUAAAAAUAACUGCAUAUGUUUAGAAGAGGGAGACAUCCUCGAAAGACACCUGCAAGACUCAGACGUUGUUCUAUUUAACAGACAGCCUUCUCUCCACAGACUCAGCAUAAUGGCGCACAAAGUGAAGGUGCUCCCUGGGCGCACUCUUCGUUUCAAUGAGUGUGUGUGCUCACCGUACAACGCGGAUUUUGAUGGAGAUGAAAUGAACAUACAUCUGCCGCAGACCGUGGAGGCCAGGGUGGAGGCCCUUGAGCUCAUGGGCGUAAGAAGAAACCUGGCAGUGCCCAGGAACGGACAGCCUCUCGUUGCAGCUACACAGGACUUCAUAACGGGAAGCUAUCUCCUGACCAGAAAGUCAGUAUUUCUAACGAAGAAACAGUUUGGACAGUUUAUAAUGUACGCCCUGCCCAAUUCUCUGCGCAUUAACUCCAAGCCAACUAUUCUACGGCCCAGUGUACUAUAUACGGGCAAGACUCUUCUCAGCGCGACCAUGGGGCUUUCUAUUUCUGUGGAAGUGCGCACACGACGGGCUGGGCCUGCAGGCGACCAUGCGUCGCACACGGAAGGGCUAUUUGUCAUGCGCAAUGGCGAGAUACUUUUUGGCAGAGCAGACAAGAAGGUCGUUGGCGCUGAAGAGGGGAGCAUAUUCCAUCACGAGCUGAGAGAGGGCGGGCCAGAGGUUGUGGUGCGUGCUCUAGACGCCGUGGCGAGGCUCUGUGCGAGGUACCUUGGCGAGGCUGGGUUCAGCAUAGGGUUAGAUGACGUUCUGGCUGGGCCUGAUCUGCAAGAACUUAUUACACAGGCUGUAGAAUCUUGCGAAAAAGAAGCCUCUUCUCUGGCAGAGAGCGAAGACAAAGCUAUGUCGGUGCUAUCAAGGGCCAGAGAAGAUGCAGGGAAGCACUGCAUUGCCCACCUACCGCACGACAACAGCCCAGUCAUCAUGCAGGACUGCGGUAGCAAGGGGAGUUUGAUCAACGUAUCGCAGAUGGUUGCCUGUGUGGGACAGCAGGUGGUAGGGGGCAAAAGAAUUUCACUGGACUUUGGCGAUAGAACACUUCCUCACUUUAGCACAAAUAUUAAUUUUACUAAUAGCAGCAGUAAUAACAGCAAUAAUAGCAGCAGCAAUGAAAAUAGAAGCAUUAUUAACAACAUUAGUAAUAAUGGCAAAAUUAUCAAUAGUAGCAGUAACAGUAAUAACAGACACGCAGCCCGCGGGUUUGUGCGCUCUUCGUUCUGCUCGGGUCUUGGGCCCACUGAGUUUUUCUUCCAUGCAGUCAGUGGAAGAGAGGGACUUGUUGAUACGGCAGUUAAAACAGCUGAGACUGGAUAUAUGCAGAGAAGGCUAAUGAAGGUGCUAGAAGGCGUGCACGUAGCAUACGAUGGAACAGUGCGAAGAGGGAAGCAGAUCAUUCAGAUGCAGUUUGGUGACGAUGGGCUGGACCCUGUGCUGCUGCAGAAAGGAACACUGCUAACAGAUAUGCCGGCAGCGCAUACAUGGGCUAGCCGUAUAGCAGAAAUAUAUAGUGCACAAGACACAGAAAAUAGUGCCACUGGUAGAAGUAGCAGCGUGGAUAGCACUGAAGGCAUUGGCAAGAUAAUCAAAGACUGCCACCCUUCGAUCAUUCUUAUACACAGAGCCAUUGUAUCGAUAUGGCCGUCUGUGUAUGACUCUGCUCUGGGCGCAGUCAAAGAAACUCUGUGGGAUCUUGUAAAUAAGGCCGUUGGGUAUCUGCUAUUUAGACACAAUAACUCACACCUAGUAGGUAUAAUAAAUGCCUUCCUGUGCGGUAAAACAGACAGUGCCGUGGUAAAGCAGCUGUUCAUUAGCAAAAUGCUGUUCCAAACACUCAAGGCGCAGAUAGAGUACGGGACUGCAGUGGGCGCACUAGCCGCACAGAGCAUAGGAGAGCCAGGGACGCAGAUGACGCUGAAGACUUUCCACUUGGCAGGUACCUCUGGAGCCAGCAUCACCCUGGGAGUUCCUCGUCUUAAGGAGAUAAUCAAUGCAAGCACAAGCAUUAGCACACCGCUUAUAAAAAUAGCAGCAGUGCCAGGACACGAGAACACCCUUGCUGCUAGGAUACAGCCUGUGGUCAUUGGGGAUGUAGCUGAGUCUGUUUCAAUAAACAAAAUCUCUGCAGUAUUUGCGAUACCAGAGAGACAGAUAGCAAGACACAGCUUAGACAGCGAGAUAAAGGCAAUUGGAGGAGUAAAGAGAAACGGGAGCUACUACUGGGAGACGCCUCUCGAGAAGCCUCUGCCCUCUGAGAUAGACAAACUGAUGAAAACGAAGCUGAAGGGGAUAUCGACAGUGACAAGAGUUAUAUCAGCAAAUGAUGAAAUAGUCGCUGAGGGCGUGGGACUGCAAGAGGUGCUGGGAAUUGAAGGCGUGGACCCAAAUGCGACACGCACUAAUAACAUAUACGAAACAUACCGCACGCUAGGAAUAGAGGCAGCAAGGGAGUCGAUAGUCAAAGAGAUACAGUACACCAUAGGAAGACACGGAAUAUCAGUCGAUGUGAGGCACAUUGGCCUGCUGGCUGAUGUGAUGUGUUUUACAGGGGAGAUAUGCGGGAUGACAAGGUUUGGGCUGCAGAAGAUGGGAGGAUCAAGCGUGCUCACACUGGCCAGUUUUGAACAGACGGGAGAGCAUCUCUUCACCGCUGGGUACUCAGGAUACGAAGACAAGAUAGACGGCGUGAGCGAGUGCAUCAUCAGCGGGCAGAGAAUACCCAUAGGAACAGGAUCAUUUAAAAUUUUAUUUGACUGCGAGGAUAAUCAGCCCAAAAAGGACUGA